AAGUCCAAAAACCCAACGAAAAACACAUCCAGGGGGACUCUUUAUAGCAAAAAAAACCAAGCUCCUUACUUGUUUUCAACUAAACCCAAUUCUCCAGAAAUCGCCGAAAGCUCCCCUCCAAAAAACUCCAAACCCCUUCUUAAACCUUCCAAGGUGUGAUCAAAUUUCAAACCCCACAUCCCAAAAAUGGUUUUUCCCACUUCCAAUCCCUCUCCUUCCAUUUUCUCUGCUCUGUUUUUCUUCACCCUCCUCGCCUCCUUUCCAUUUUCCACCAUUUCUGCUGAUCUCACAAACUUGAUCUACAAAGGCUGUGCAAACCAAAACUUCCAAGAUCCAAAUGGAACUUACAAAAAAAACCUCAAAUCUUUGUUCGAUUCUCUGGUCUCCCAAUCGUCGCAAAAGACUUACUUUUCCAGCACCUUUGGCGACGGCCAAACCGCAAUCGUGGGGACGUACCAAUGCAGGGGAGACCUCAGCACAUCCGAUUGCAACCUCUGCGUCAAAAAUAUUCCAGCUUUGGCCAAUAAACUAUGUGGGGAGGUAGUAGCAGCCAGAGUUCAGCUGGGUGGGUGUUACCUGAGGUAUGAGGUUGCUGGGUUUCAACAGGUUCCAGGGACACAGUUUUUGUUUAAAAUUUGUAGGAAAAAUCAGGCAAGUGGGGUGAGUGCUGGGUUUGCAGACAAGAGGGACAAGGCUUUUGGGAUGGUGGAAAAUGGGGUGAAAAAUGGGAGUGCUGGGUUUUAUACUGGGACUUAUCAGUCUGUGUAUAUUUUGGGGCAGUGUGAGGGGAAUUUGGGAAGUGGGGAUUGUGGGGAUUGUGUGAAAAUUGCUGAUCAGAGGGCUAAAAGUGACUGCAACGGUUCAUUUUCUGGGCAGAUUUAUCUUCAGAAGUGCUAUAUCAGCUACAACUUUUACCCCAAUGGUGUGACAAGCAUAGCGUCUUCAUCAGGGUCUAGGCACCAUACACAGAGGACAGUGGCAAUUGCAGUGGGAGGGUUGGCAGCUUUUGGGUUUCUAGUUGUUUGUUUGAUGUUUGUUAAGCAACUCAUGAAGAAGAAACAUGGUGGGAAGCAUGGAGAUUACUAUUGAAGAUUGAAUUAGUGCUUUUCAAUUAAGACAAGUAUUUUAAUAUUAGGGUAGUGCUAUCCACACACCAUUUUUACUUGUCACGCACUCUCUCAAUUUCCGAUUGUCGUAAAGAGAAAAUCAAUAACAAACAAUUAACAAAGGCGUGUAAUUAUUUACUGCAAAUUACUGAGGGUAAGACAUGGGUGGCCUUUGAGUUUUAGGGUUCAUCAACUCUGCCGACAUAUGUUGGAAAUUUUGUUUUAUGUAAAAAUGGGCAGACGUAUAUAUAUAUAUGGAUCCUCAAAUCAUUUUUGUUGCUU